UAACACGCGAUCGUGAUUAACGCUGACCUGACAGCGCACAAGAAUUGCUGCACAUUCCGCAACGGCUUUAGCGACCAGAGUUCAGUCGUGCCGCCGACACUUCCAGGACCAUUAGGAGAGUCAAACCCCUUGAUAUAAAGCUGAGGGAGUCCACAGGGGCCUCGCUGUGACCUUCGUGCUGACCAUUCCGCCGACUCAUGUCCCCGCAACGUGGGCGCGGGCUCUUGGCGGGGCCUUAACGGGCCGUCCGCCGAGCGCUGCAAUAGCGGCUGCAAGCCUAAGAGGUACCUCUCAACUCGACUCGCUUCGCACGGUGGCCGUGAUCCCACCAGCUAGUCUGAUGACAGGCAGCUGGUUUACACGCUGGUUCUCCUCCGAGCCAGCAGCGGGCUCCACCGCCGCAGCCGCUUCCGCCGCUUCAGACACUCAAGAUGCGCCUAAAGGUUGCUUUUCCCACAGUUAUAAGGAUGCGCAUGCGCACCAAUACAGCCAAACAGUAGCAGUUGAUGCCUGUGCCGGCUCAACAGCAGCUGCAGCUGAUGCUGCCUUACGCACCAGCGCUGCACAAACUGCAGCCCACGCGACGAGGCUGCGGCAACACGCACCACGCCUAGCGCAUGAGGUACUCAACAACGGCCAGGCCAUUAAGCACACAGCGCGCCACGCCGGCCACGCGGUUGCAGCAGACGGGACCCGGCUGUACGUGGAUGUAUACGAAGUGGGGGCCUCGGACGGCAGCCGCAAUGCAGCUGCCUUGGGGGACACGGCAGCAGGGCCAGCUCAAGCGGAUUGCGCUUCUGCGGCAGUGGAUGAGGAUGGUGUGGCGAAUGUGCUGUGCAUCAUGGGGUUUGCGGCUGGGCGUGACGGCUGGCUGCCGAUUGUUCACCACUGGACGCAGCAGGCCGGCUCGGAGCUUCUGCACCGCAUCAGUCGUGUGCGUUUCGCUGUGUACGACAACCGCGGCAUCGGCGACAGCGACAGCCCCGAGCCCCGGGCCGCCUACUCGACCGCCGUCAUGGCUGCGGACGCAGUUGCAGUCCUGGACCAUCUGGGCUGGCAGCGGGCGCACGUGGUGGGGUUCUCCAUGGGCGGCAUGGUGGCGCUGAAGCUGGGGGCGGCCGCGCCGCAGCGCCUGCACUCGCUCACUGCCCUGUCCGUCACUGGCGGAGGUUGGCAGAUCAUCCCCACCAAGUGGCGUGCGCUCAAGCUGCUGCUGUGGGCGGCGAUGGCGCGCACGCCGCACCAGCGCGCCCACGCUGACGUGCACUUCCACUUCAGCCGCGACACACUGCUGGCGCAGGUCGAGGCCGCAACGCUGGGGUCCGAUGACUCCAAAACGCCGGCUGCUCAUGGUAUGGCGGCAGCUGCGGCUGCGCAGGCGCGGCGUGUGGAAGAGGCCCUGGUGGACGAGUACGUCGCGACCAGCCAGAUGGGCGCCCCACAGCCGCACUGCGGCCUUGUGGGCCAACUGCACGCCGUGUGGAACCACUCGCUGACGGCGGCGGAGCAACACCGCGUCAGCGAGCUGGUGGCGGACGGGGUGCCGGUCAAGCUGGUGCAUGGCUCCCACGACCUCAUGGCGCACUGGCAGUACGGCGAGCGCACCGCCAAGCAGCUGCGAGCUGCCUUCAUCCUCAUAGACGGCGGCCACUUCAUUGCGCGGGAGUGCGCAGCCACCGUCUGCAUGCACUUAGCGGACUCCAUCGUUGCGUCGGGCGCCGUGGGCUCAGCGGCUGCGGAUCCUGCGAAGCCGCAACCACAUGUGCUCCGGCCUGUCUUAUUGGGUGCUGGUGUCAGCGACGACACUGCGGCACAGGUGGCCCUCGAUGCGGCUGGUGCUGCGACGGCGGCACCGCCUGCUGUCGGUGCCAUGACAUCAUGUCAGGCCCUUCCCAGCACGUGACCUAAAUGACCUGGGUACACUUGUGGGCAGUCUCAGCAGGAUGUGCACAGCGCAAGUGAGCGCGUUCAUCGUGAACUAUGGUAAAAAACUGAUGCGAUGUGGCCGGAUGGCAAGCACUGCGCGGCAUGCCGGUGACGGAUGCGAACAUUGCAACGGUGUGUUCCGUAAAUUCAGUGCUUAGCCACAAGGCUAGCACGUAUGUAGGAAUGAGGGGUUGAAAGGGCCAAGGACCGCAAGAACAGGGGGGGGGGCUGCUAAUGCGCUUUCACGAUGGGCCGCUUGCAGGAGGCGCAGUGGACGUAGUGUCGCAUUUAUUGCUGCAUUAGCUUAAGCCCAGUUCAUUACAACGUCUGUGAGGGAUGUGGUUUAAGUACGAGGGUUCUAAAGUUCCCGAUGUUCCGGCCGCGGGUGGGACUGGACGCACAACGGGACAGCCUCGGCAGACGGCUGACGUCCGUUUAGGGCCGCAGCUAUGGCCGAUCGCGACUGGGGGCACCUGAUGUAGCGCUUGCACACGGCAGGUGCAGUCCUGACAUAAGCUUAAUGGAUGGGGGGGGUUGCGGAGCGGUUAUGGUUGGGCGCGUGCGGUGCGAGAGCAGCAGGGGGGGCUGAGUCGUGGGCUGAGUAUCGUGUGGGGGCUCGGGGACGGGGGUGUAACUGCCGAAGGGC